GCUUAUAAUGCUUUAAGUUUCUUUAUAUAAUCUUAAUCAUAAUCUGAAGUUACAAGUUCAUAUUAUAUCUGAGAGAAAUGUUCUACCUCUUCUAGACUGUCUCACAAUGUUUCUAUUCCUCGCCCUUAUCUUCAUAUUGCCCUCUUACUUGCUGUACCUCAACUGGAAGACUCUAGCCCCGAAUGAGGACAGCAAAAUAUCCAAAAACACCCCACUGCCUGGUGAACCGACGCUCAUGUCUCAUACCCCGGUUUUCUCCCCUCACGCGACUCGAAGGGUAUCUGGAAUACCAGAGCAAUCUCAGCAGUCUGAACAAGGGGGAGCUACAGAUGAGGAAUCCAGCCCUGAAAAGCAUGAGGAGAUAUCCCCUGAGAGUAUCACAAUAGCCAUCUUCUGUGCUCUUGUAUAUGAGGCUGUUGCUGUUAAGCACAUGCUGGACGAGGAAUACUCAUGCUGUCCAAGAGCUGUUGGCCCAAUAAAGUAUGUGUACUCUUUCGGCCGAAUUAAGAACCAUAAGAUAGUUAUAGCACAACCGCAUCAGAUGGGCACCGUUGCGGCUGCGCAUUGUGCAACAGCAGUUAGCCAACAGUUUCCGAAUGUCAGGUUUGCCUUGAUGGUUGGGAUUGGAGCCGGCAUUCCCAACCUCCCAAAGCAUGAUAUUCGGCUGGGUGAUAUUGCCGUCAGUAUCCCUCAGGGCACUCAUGCCGGUGUUAUACAGUAUGAUUUCGGCAAAUAUGAGCGAGAGGGGUUUGUUUUGAAGGGAUGCCUGACUAAACCCCCACCGAUUCUGAUUAGUGCAGAUAAUUGGUUGGCGGGAGAGGAGUUGAUGGAUAGGAGCCCGAUUGAGAGAACUUUGAGAAGGAUUACCAAAAUAUCUAAAUUUUCAGCUCCAGACACCACUGAUAUCCUGUAUGACAAAGAUUUCGACCACGUUACUAAGGGCUAUGACUGUGUUGCCUGUGAGAGUUCCAAUAAAAGGAAAGUUGUAUCCCGUCCGGUCCGCGCGACUCGCCAACCUGUUGUUCAUCGGGGCCUCAUUCUUUCUGGGAAUAGUGUUAUCAAGAAUCCUCAGGAUCGUGAUCAAUUGCGACGAUACAAAGACGCAAUCUGUUUUGAAAUGGAGGCAGCUGGAAUUAUGGAUGAAAUCCCUUGUCUGAUAGUCCGUGGAAUUUGUGAUUAUGCCGACACGCAUAAGCAAGAUGGCUGGCAUUAUUAUGCUGCGGCUGUUGCAGCUGCCUACUGCAGGGUCCUCCUACGCAAGAUUGACGGUCAAGGAGUUGCAGAGACAGACAGCAGGUUGGUUAAAGGGGUAGAGAGUCUGAUGAAAAUAGCAACCGAAACUCGCGAUGCUCAGGUUGUGUCAAAUCAAACAACCAAAUAUAUUGAACAAACGCUUGAACUUAGAGAAUUGAAAAUAGCGCAGGGGGCAGCGUUUGAUUCUUAUGAGAAUCAGCAUGAACAAUGUCUCCCAGGAACCCGGGUUGAGCUGCUUCGCGGACUUGAGGAGUGGUCAAUCUUACAAGGUGGGAAAUAUAUAUUCUGGCUGAAUGGUAAGGCAGGUACUGGAAAGUCAACAAUUUCUCGAACAGUUGCAAGCCGCCUGAGUGAAAAAGGUCUACUUGGAGCGAGCUUUUUCUUCAAGAGGGGCGAGGAGGAUCAAGGGAGUGCAAGGAAACUAUUUCCAACUCUUAUAGCACAAUUAGUGAACAGUAUACCUCAACUGCGCCCUUGUAUUCAAAAGGCAAUCAAGGAUGACCCCCAAAUCUCGGAGAAGGUCCUUAGUGAACAGUUCAAGAAACUUCUCCUCCAGCCACUGCUUGAUAUGGACCACGGGCUGACUACAACUGUAACCCGAGUGAUUGUGAUUGAUGCACUUGAUGAAUGCGAGCAGGAAACCGACAUACAGCUUAUCCUUAAGCUCCUGCCACAAGUCAAGGAGUCAAGUAUAUUUCAACUUCGGUUUUUAUUGACAAGCAGACCUGAGUUGCCGAUUCGACUUGGGUUUCAGGGUAUUGCUGAUGUGCACCAGGAUCUGAUUCUUCAUGAGAUUCCAAUGGGUAUAAUCGAACGCGAUAUUUCCCUAUUCCUCCAGCACAGAAUUCACGAAGUAAAGAAGAAAUUAAUCAAACGACGGUGUGAGCUCCCCCCUGACUGGCCGGGAAAUCAGCAUAUAGCAACUCUGGUCACAAUGUCAGUUCCCCUAUUUAUCUUUGCUGCUACAGUGUGCCGUAUACUUGAGGAUCCUCAGUGGCACCCAGCAGACAGUCUAAAAGAAAUUCUCUCACAUCAAAAUGACAAGUCCAAUCUUGAUGGGACAUAUCUACCUGUGCUCAAUCGGCUCUUGGUCAACCAAAACGGGACAAGGAAGUUAAAAUUGAUCCGAGAGUAUCAAAUGUUAAUUGGAAUAAUUCUUAUACUCAAGACUCCACUUCCAGCUAGUUCCCUUUCAAGACUUGCUGAUAUUCCAAAGGAGUCUAUUUCUAUCAGGCUAGAUUUGCUUCACUCAGUUCUUUCCGUGCCAGAUGAUGAGACCAAGCCGGUGAGACUGUUUCAUCUAUCAUUCCGUGACUUCUUGCUGGACCUGGACACGCGCGACAAGACACCUCUGUGGAUUGAUGAAAAGGAGAUACACGGAGCCCUUACCGACCGAUGCUUUGAGCUCAUGAGCUGUAGUUUGUGCAAGAAUAUCUGCAAGUUACCAUGUGACAGUACACAACGAAGUGAGAUCAAUCUACGUUCAGUUGAUCAAAACUUGCCGCCCGAAUUACAAUACGCCUGCCGUUAUUGGGCACAGCACCUCGUACAGAGUCCGGAUCCAGUCAUUAAGUUGCUCAAGGGUUUCUCAUUCCUUAACAUACAUUUUCUGCACUGGGUGGAAGCAAUGAGCGUUUUGGGUCUUAUAACCGAAGUUGUUGGAGUUAUUAAGAGGCUCCAGUCAGUGAUACAAGUAAGUGUUGGUGAGCUUACUGUGCUUAUGAAUGCUGAAGUACAAAGGAUGGACAUCCUAAAAUAUCAGAGUUCUUUGACGAUACAAAGCGAUAUAUCCUUAAAAAUCGACAGUUAGCUGAGAUUGCACCUCUUCAGCUUUAUUCCUCAGGACUUAUUUUUUGUCCAAGGAACUCAAUCACUAGAGGAAUGUUUGAGUACGAGUUGUCGAACUGGUACCAUCUACCGAAGGUUGAGGAGACAUGGAGUGCAGAGCUACAGACCCUCGAGGGCACUUCUGGUUUAGUUGACUCUGUCACUUUUUCGCCUGAUGGUCGGCUGCUCGCAUCCGGCUCUGCUAAUAAGACCAUCAAGCUCUGGGAU